AUGAAUCCGCAUACAGCAUUGAGCAUCGCGCAAAUCAUCUUCUAUAUCCCAAUCGCUGCCCUCUCAAUAUGGCUCAUCGUGCGUAACUGGUCAAACCGGCCGCGCAUGGCUUGGUGGCCCAUGGUGCCCUUCAGCUUGAUGAGAGUUGCCGGAGGACCUAUUGUGAUCGCGCUUGAGAAGGAUCCGUCGAACGUUGGGCUCAUCAUUGCCGCAAUUGUUUUGCUCAAUGUCGGCACCGUUCCUCUUAUUGUCGCCAUGUCCGGUUUCUUCAGAAUCGUUCUCAUGGACAACUUCCCCCCUUCAAACAAGAUUGACCAGGCCACUCGCGCACUCCGAAUCUCCAUUCUCCUUGCCGCAGCUCUUCUUACAGCAGGUGGUAGUAUCAUCAGCCAGCAGUCUCAAUCCACCCGUGACCUAGGCCGAACUCUACAGCUUGUUGGAUAUGCCAUCUUCGCUGCGGUCAUCGCAUUCCUCAUCGCCGCCCACAUCCGGUUCUGGAGCAUGAAGCAGUCAUUGAUUCCAACCAGCCGCAGGGUCAUCUUGGGAGCUCUUGCUUCUGGCCCGUUCCUGGUCGUUCGCUGUGUCUACGGAAUUCUCCAGGUGACCUUUGAGUUUGACAGGGGCACCACAUGGAACCCGCUCUAUGGCUCUGCCGUGGCCUUUGCGAUGAUGGCUUUGCUUGUCGAGUAUAUUGCAGUCAUCAUCUAUCUCUCUGUCGGUUUCUCUAUGCCACCCGACCGAGGUACGACGCAGUUGGAGAGCAAGAGCGACGGUUCCCUGCAGAAUGUGUAA